AGCGACGUGGGUAGAUGUUGUCUGCAAUUCAUCUGUGAGAGAAAUGUGCGAAGUGCAGAAGAGAAAAUGGGUUUCUGUGGCUUUGCAGGUCGCAUUACAGGUGUUCAUCUUUGAUGAGGUGCACAAUUUUAGUACAACUAAAAUUGCAACCAACCAACCGUUUUAAAUGCCAACAUUCUUGGUGUAUUGACUUUCUCAGGUUCUGUGUAGCUUGUGGUUUGAAGGUUUUGGAUUUUUGGGAUUCCCUCUACGAUUUUCCGAUUAUAUUCUACUUCGUCAAAUAGUAGAAAAGUGUGUAGAUUCUGGCCCCAGUGAAAUGAAUAGAGCAUGGUCUAUGAAAAUGAAUGUGGCGCAUGUGUGAGGAACGCAAAUGUUUUGUUUCUAUCAAAUCAUAUUCACUUCAUACUUAUAUAAAUAUACUUUCUCGAUUAAGAGGCUAGCACUGGUAGUAAAAGAAGUAGAACUUCUAGACUCAUUCUGUUCAAUUCAUCAUUGAUUCUUGUGUGAAGACUGCAGUACUAACUUAUAGUGAGAAGAGUUUGUCAGAAUGAAAUCGUCGGUUCCAGGCGCCACGGGUGCUUCGGUGCCACAAGGAGAGGAGGAGCAAAGGUGGUCCCUCUUUUUUGACAUCAGUGGACUGCGUAGACACGUGCAUCUCGUUCGCAGCGACAACGCACCGAAACGUGCCUCAGGGUUUUUCUUUCAAUCGGCAUCAUCUUCGUCAAAUGGCGAGAGUACGAAGAAAGAUGAAAAAGAGGGGAUGACGAAUUCUACUCGUUCUCGCGGUAGCCUUUCUGCUUCAUCUAGUACGAUGAUCAAAAGUGGCGCUGACUCGACAACCAAAGAGAGCACGAGCAGAAGAACUGGCGGCAUGCCUGGGAAUCGCAGGAAGGGGGGAGCCGCUCGAUGGGGUCAUCGCCCUCGCAGCCGCGGCGCUUCGAGAGGACGGAGGGUAAAACCUGUGCACGAGUCCAGUCGCGCCCGUGCGCGGAGAUAUCUCAGCAAGGGUCUCCACAACGGUCACGACCAGCGCGACACAAGCACGAGCACGGAAGCAUCUUCUUGUAGCACUUCCAGUACGUCCGAGAACGAGGACUCAUCUACUAUUUCGCCCACAAAUUUUGCCACAUCUAGAUCUAAUAGCUGUAAGCAUGAAGCGGAGCAGACAAAUAUAUCGUCUCCGUGUAAUUCCUCAACGCUCGCAACGCCGGCGAUGUUCGAUGGCAGUAAAACCCUGCGCGGAGCAGGAGGGAGCAGUAGGCAGCCGCCAGACGAGACUAAGAUGUGUUCGUGGCUUACGCUUGUGCGACAUCUGCUGAAGGUGAAAUUUCGCUACUUCACUACAUGGACCUUGUAUGUUCUGGCGUUUCAGCUUGCCUUUCCAGGUACUUUUCUUGACGACUACGCGAGGGCAAUCCGUGCGACAAUUACGCAUGUGAGCCUCGUCGGCUUUUGCUUCGUGUGGCUCACUCCGCGUCACGUUUUCGUGGACGGCGUCAUUCGUCUAGAGGGCUGGCCGUUUCGCAUUGGCGACUUCUUCGUUCACCAUUCUCCGAUGAUGGUCUACUGGCUCUUUUACGAGAGAUGCGUUUUGUCGAAGCUUGAUACGGGAGGGAAUCCGACGAUGCUGGCGCACGAUACAGAAGGCGUUGCUGGGAUGCCACGACCAGCGAACGGAAGUGGAUAUGCGAAGGAAGUCUUUUCAAAUAUUCUUGAUGCUGUGGGCACGCAGUUAUUCGACAUCCAAGAAUAUUUCGGGCUCUCCGGUCCGCUGCCAGGGGCUUAUCGCUAUUUUCCACCGUUUUUUUCUUCUGAGACUGCAGCAUCAACGGCCUUCGUUGGUACCUACUUGUGUCGAGACCGGUAUUCGGCGGAUGAUGCGCUUCGAGUGGCGACAACAUCUCCAUUGUGGUGCUUCAUUUUUUACGCGCUCUACCGAUUUUGUCUCAGUUAUCUCGCGCAAAUCGAUCACCGUAUCCUUUACGGACUGCAGGACGAAAUUUUCUGGACCGCCUAUUGGCUCUCCAUGUGGCUGUAG